AUGGCACACCUCCGUCUCGAGAAGGAGCUCCUGAACCUGAGCGAUGGCACGAGCAUCCGCAUCGCGAGAACGCCGGGCAUGGGCGACAAGGAGUGGCAGGACACCAAGAAGUACCUCGAGGCUAACCCAGAAGAAGCCCGAAGGAUGGAGACCUUCUCUCGCGACGCCAAGGCUGUCCGCGCGUGGAUGCAGACGCAGGCGAUUACCGAGUACUACAACACGCGUCUCAGCAACGGCGACGAGGUAGUGACGAACAAGUUCAACGCCUUGGAGAAGAACCCGGAGCUCGCUGCCAUCUUCGAGGACAUCAAGCGCGGGGGGAACCAAGCCGCCAUGCAGCACUACCACAACGAGCCCCUCAUGCUCAAGAUCAGCAGAGCCAUGGGUGGCGUGCCGGAGGAAGUGACGACGGUGAUCAAGGACAUCCAGAGCAAGCCGAUCACCCUGCAGGAGGCUUGCCUCCGUGGCGACAUGAAGACCCUCGAGGACUACCUGGAAGCGACAGCCGCUGACAAGGACAAGAGGGACAUCGAUGAGAAGGAUGCCAAAGGGAUCAGCUGCCUCGCCUAUGCCAUCGGGGCCAACCGCACCCACGUAGUCAAGAAGCUCCUAGAGAACAAG